AUGGCUACCACCGAGACCCAGGAUGCAUUCAAGCCGUAUGACCAAUUUCUUCUCUUCGGAGACUCCAUCACACAGAUGGCCUGUAAUCAAGAGCUAGGUUUCGCAUUUCAUGCUGCGCUCCAGGAAUCCUACAGUCGCAGAUUGGAUGUUGUCAACCGUGGUCUAGCUGGAUAUACAACCGCCCAUGCUGUCAAGGUCUUUGAGAAAUUCUUCCCUAUGCCACAGACCGCUAAUGUGCGGUUCAUGACCAUCUUUUUCGGAGCGAAUGAUGCAUGCGUUCCAGCUCAUGACCAGCACGUGCCUAUGGAUCAAUACAAGGAGAACUUGAAGACGAUUAUUCAACACCCAGCGACACGCGCACAGAACCCGCGACUCAUCUUGAUCAGCCCCCCUCCUGUUAAUGAGUAUCAAAUGGAGAGAUUCGACGCUGAAAAGGGUUGCCCAUUCCCCAGCAGAACCGCCAGAAACACUAAGUCAUAUGCAGUGGCUGCGUGCGAAGUUGGCGCGUCGCUCAAUGUCCCAGUGGUGGAUUUAUGGUCUGCCUUCAUGAAGACUACUGGCUGGAAGGAGGGAGAGCCUCUGAUUGGCAGUCGUGAUGCGCCAGACAAUGAGACAUUGUCUAGUCUCCUCACUGAUGGUCUGCAUUUGACACCCGCUGGUAACCGCAUCGUCUACGACGAACUUAUGAAGGUAAUUCAGGCGAACUGGCCGGAUCAGACUCCAGAUAGCCUUCCUAUGGUGUUCCCCUCGUGGGUCGAGGCACCUAAAUGA